AUGCGUGUUUGUACUUUACCUAUAACUAUUUAUUAUUUUAAGUUGUCAUUCUUCAAUUACCGUGUAGUAAGAGCUCGCGAUUUAGUUGUUCAUGUACCUCCACGAACAUAUGAAGAUUAUGCUCAUUAUAGAACUGAGGUUUUAAUUACUUUAUUAAAUUUAUUAGAUUUCAAGAUUUUUUAUGAUAACGACAUGAAACCAGGUUCUGCAUGGAAGAGAUGUGUAGGGGGAGAUGAAGACAAGGAUUGUGCAAAUAAAUAUGAUCUUUAUUAUGUUAGCGACCACCUAACAUAUUUUGAUAGAAAUGUAGCAAAAUAUGGGCAGAGUGGGUGCUAUGGUGGAUGA